AUGCGGAAAGUGCCGUUCUUUCAAACCCUCGAGCCCGAGGGGUUGCUCACGUUGUUGCAGUGCAUGGAAGAAUGGGUGGCGUUGACGGGCGACGUGAUUAUCCGUGCCGGCGAAGAGCGUCGACGUGUUCUUAGCAACAAGACGCGCAUCUUGUUGAAACAUGUAGGGCCGGGCGACUUUUUUGGGAAAAUGAGCUUGAUUGGCGACGCAACCGCGGGGGACGGGGGAAGGAGUUGCCGCACGACGGCCAACAAUGAACAGUUGAAAGCGUUCCUGACUCAGGCGCGCGCCCAGCGGCUGGCCGACGCCAAUCACAGCAAACUCAAAGCCAGUGCUCAAGAAGACGAGAAUGUCCAGUUAACCCUUCACAGUAUGCAGCGCACGGUGACCACGGCAACCCUAGUGCGCAACGCGAUCAAAGCGAUGAAGCGUCUUGCGGCGCGGCGGCGGCGCCGGAUGGCCGUGAUGAUUCGACGGAUGACGCUGUCCGUGCCUAGGGGGAUCGAACUCGACGGCGCCAACAACAUCGCAGACAAGAGCACGAGCUUGCGAUCGACCAUCAAGCACAACACCCUGCGCCAGAACCAACACGGCGAGCCACACAACGAGCGGCCGCCGCCGCCGAUCCUCCGAAACCAUGCACCGCGCCCAGACUGUCAACCUGCUCCUGGCGGUGCGCGGGAGGCGCGAGGUCAGCAUGGACGCGAUGGAGUCGGUCAACGCCAUGUCCCAUCUGACGACGAAACGCGUGGCCGAAUCCAAGCGUGUGACGCUGGUCAACAUUAG